CCGGCUGUCUGCUGACGUCAGACGCCGCGGCGACGCGGGGCGAGGGGUGUCUGGUGCGGCUCCGGGGAAGCUGGGCCGGGGCGCGGGGCUUGGCUGCGGCGGCCCGCGCACACUCAUGAGGAGCCGGAAGCUCACAGGGGGAGUGCGAUCUUCAGCGCGCCUGAGAGCCCGGAGCUGCACAGCCGCCGGGUUGGCCUCCGCCCAGGACGCCGCUGGCUCCACGUCGGCCAAGACAGCAUGUCUGACCUCCUCAUCACACAGAGCCACAGACAGGCGGACUUCCAAGAAGUUCAAGUGUGACAAAGGUCAUCUUGUAAAGGCAGAAUUACAGAAACUCGUCCCUAAAAGUGACAGUGCUGCUCUGCCAAAAGCGGCCCCCGAGGCCGGCUGCGAAACCGCGUUUGCCGAAGACGGCGCCUUGCUUCCGGGCAGCGAGGCCGGCGUGUCCACGCCACCCGAGGCCGCGGGUCCCCCGCUGGGCCGCUGCGUUGUCGCGAGUGACGCCUGCCCGGCAGAGACCGAAGACGGCCCAGCCGCCCCGAAACCCGGCGCCGACUCAGGGGCAGAGGAACCCGGCAGCGGUUCCGAGGGGCGAGAGGGAGCGCAGGCGCCGCUGCUCCAGAUGGACGGCAGCGUCUUCCUGGACGACGACAGCAGCCAGCCGAUGCCAGUGAGCCGGUUCUUCGGGAACGUCGAGCUCAUGCAGGACCUGCCGCCCGUGUCUCCGUCUUGCCCUUCAAUGAGCAGAAGAGAAUUCAGAAAAAUGCAUUUCAGAGCCAAAGAUGAUGAUGACGAUGACGAUGAUGCAGAAAUGUAGAGAACAAAUGCAGAGAUCGGCGCCCUCAUGUCCCGUGCGGUCGGCAGCCUGGCAGCGCAGCACGUUCCGAGAUUUAUAGAAAAUGUGUCCCCGAGAGAACGUGUCCUAAUCACUGCACACCUGGCCGUCAGCGCCAGGCACCAGCCCGUGCACUAAAGUCGUGGAGAAGGCAAAGCGCCGUCUGUGCCGUGUCCUUUCUUACGCGCGUGCACGCGUGACAUGGCGCGCCGGCCGAGGGGCGUGGGGUUCAGCGCGGCUUUUGUGGAGACAACCCUUCGCUUCGGCUCAUUAGCUUUGAUGACACGCACGGUUAUCUUCCAUUCUCAAAAUCUGAUCAUUGUGAUUAAUUCAUUGCCAGUUCUUAAAGAACUCUCCUUAUUUCUGUAUACGAAGCUAAUGUUUACCUGGGAGAUUCUGCAAAAUACAUACGGGAAAGAAAUAAAAUAUAUUUUGAAAAUA